CACACACACACACACGAAAAGAUAUAUAUAUAGAAAGACAGAGUAGACAAGACAGAUAUCCAAGUUACAUUGGUACUGUUUCUUUUCUUUCUCUUUCUUGCAGUGUAGCUCAUUGGUUUUAGUUUUGAAGGCAUCUCAUUUGUCUUCAUCUUAAACCAUGGAAUCAAACAGAGCUCUCACGACCAUAUGUAUUCUCCUUUGUCUCUUUCUCUCGGCCAGCUUCUUCAGUCACUCUGUAGAUGCAAGAAAGCUUGUGAGAUUUGAGAAAGACUCAAAGAAGAAGCCAAAGAAGCUGAUCAUCAAAGCAUUCAAGCACACAACAUUAUUAGAGAAAAUGAUGACACAACUCAAUCUAGCACAGCCUUUGGAAUAUUCAACAACAUCCUCCAACACUCAACCUUAUGGUGUUAGCACAACUCUCACUCUACCUCCCUAUGCUUCACUUCCUCCACUUCCAGUUCCCGGAAAUGCCCCUCCUUUUUGUGUUAAUCCUCCAAACACUCCUCUAAACUCACCUCCCUCCAUCUCCAAUCCUGGACUUAGCCCACCUCCCGGCCCAAUCACUGUACCCAACCCACCUGAAUCAUCUUCAAACCCCAACUCAAAUCCAAACCCACCCGAUUCCACCUCAAACCCAAACUCAAACCCGAACCCACCUGAAUCAUCAUCUAACCCCAACUCAAAUCCAAACCCACCUGAUUCCACCUCAAACCCAAACUCGAAUCCGAACCCACCGGAUUCCUCCUCUAACCCAAACCCACCUGUUACUAUCCCUAGUCCACCUGAAUCAUCAUCUAACCCAAACCCACCAGAAUCAUCAUCAAAUCCAAACCCACCCGUUACAGUCCCAUAUCCGCCUGAAUCAUCUAGUCCAAACCCGCCAGAAACAGUUCCUAGUCCUCCUGAAUCUGGCUCAAGCCCAUCAGGACCCAUUUCAGGUCCUCCCAACAACGAACCAGGCCCAUCAACCCCAACUAACACUCCUACACCGUCCGGUAAUCUUCCAUCCCCAACCGGAUCAGUUCCAACGCCGUCAUCAGGGUUUUUACCUCCGAUUGUCUAUCCACCGCCUAUGGUACCACCGCCGUCUACGGCAACUCCGACCUCCGCUUACUGGUGUGUGGCUAAGCCCACAGUGCCUGACCCAAUUAUUCAAGAAGCCAUGAACUUUGCAUGUGGAUCAGGAGCUGAUUGCCAUUCAAUACAACCCAAUGGACCAUGCUUUAAGCCUAAUACAUUGUGGGCUCAUGCUUCAUUUGCUUUCAAUAGCUAUUGGCAGAGAACCAAAAGUUCUGGUGGCUCGUGCACAUUCGGCGGGACCGGCAUGCUUGUCACCGUCGACCCAAGUAAAAUAAAUUUAUUAUUCUUGUCAGAGCUAUAAUGGGUGCCAUUUUGAUUUCUUCUGAUGCAUGAAGACUGAAGACAUCUCUUGCUUUUUCUAAUUUUUCAUCUUUUUGUGGAUACGAAUAAAUAUCAAAUAUGUUAUGAUAUAUAAUGUUAGGUGGGUCUCUCACUUGUAAGUUAUAACCUUUUAAGUCUUUACUAAUACUAAUUUACUCGAAAAUGGCA